AUGGACGCAGAGGAAAAUGCGGGCCGAUCAUCUGCCAUACCCCGUCUGACAAGAAGCCAGACAAGAGGGACGUUCAAAGAUAUUACAACCGCGACUAUUAACACUGCUGGCCAAGUGCCCCGUCCCAAUGGCUUUCUAAAACGCAAGGGUGACUCUACGUCCACAGAUGUAACAUCUAAACGGAAACCAACACCCUCAAAGGCGAGACCUCUUCAUUGCAGCUCCAAAUCAGUGGGUUCCGCAACAGUUACGUCCCCUCAUUCCCGAACGAUUUCUUCCUCCGCAUCGAUCCGAAGCACUGUACGAUCAUCCCAUUAUGUUACACGCAGUAACGCCAUAUCUGCCGCCGCCCCGUGUCCUAGAGACCGGGCUCGCCCGAAAACCUCCUUUGGAUAUACAUCCAUGUCGAAAGCCUCCCAGGCUCGAUCGGUAACAGCGAUGGACACGGCUCCGGUGAAUAAAUCCAUCGUGGAUGCUGGAAAACGAAAGGGUGCGAAUCCUUCUUCCCCUGUCCACUCUUCCAAUCCUCCACAGCCCAUGACACCCACGAAUCAAGAAAGUCAUUACUGCCACAUGAGUUUCAAGCCAAAUCGGAUGAGCUCUCUGGCAACAAAGAUUGUUGAGACUCACGAGGGCUGCAUAUCAUGCUUUGAUUCAUUGUGCGAGAUUGUUAGGGGUCUGACUAUAGAGUCCGAUAAGCCCCCUGGUGUGUCGCUGUUAGAUAUUCAACGGCCACUAUCAGUGGCAUCGAGACUUCCCUGUCGUACUUCCCCUUCAAAGUUUCUUUCCUCUUGUACUCCCAUUUCUCCCUCACCUUCUCUUGCUUCGUCCAUCAAAUCCUCAAGGCAUUCACGUCGCGCUCCUUCAAAGGUCAAUCGAUAUCUGACACGUUACUCUCAUGUUCAAGGUUGGGACCAAGACGAGAAAGAAGAAACACUUGAGGCAAUGUUUGGCCGAUUCAUGCAUCAAUUCAAGCACUCCACCUCUCAUAGCACUGGGCUUCAGGAGGCUAUAGACCUUUACAAAUAUCAGGUACGGGAGCUUGAGCAGCAAAAGAUAGCUCUCACAGAUUUGAACGUAAGCCUGCGUGUAGAGAUCGAUUCAAUUAAGCUACGCCUUCAGGCGACGGAGUCCAAGUGGAGGGAUGAUAUUCGUCUACAUGAAACUACCGUGGGCAAUUUAGAUAGCCAACGUCGACAUGAUAUCCAGGCCGAACGACAGGAAGCGAAAGCUAAUUUCGAUCUUCUCGGCGAAAAACACCAAAGAGAAUUAUUUGAUUUACAACACCGCCUGGAGUCGCGAUUCGAGGAAGAAAGGGCCGCUCAUGUACGAGAACUGGACCAAAUUAAUGUUGGAUCUGCGCUGCAAAGGCAACGCGAGCAAAGAGACAUGGAAAACAAAAAACGUGAGGUUGACUUAUUACAAGUGAAAAUAGAUAAACUACAUCGUGAUUUGGAUAGGGAGGUGAUGGUGAACAAAGAGCUGCAAGCAAAUUUGGCAACAGCUAACGGGAAUACGCUUACCUUGGAGUCGUCUAUCCGCGCUCUAAAGGCCAGAAUUGAAUUUCUUGAGUCCGGAAAUAAGGAGCAGUCGGACGCUUUUGCACGGCUUGACCAAGAGCUCAAUGAUGCUAUAACGGAGACAAAGGCAGCCAAGGAGAAGCUACGAAAAGAGGAGACAUUACGAAGGAAACUGCAUAACCAGGUGCAAGAGCUAAAGGGCAAUAUCAGGGUUUUCUGUCGAGUUAGGCCGCUGCUAGAAACAGAGCCAAAGGAGGAGAGUGCAAACAUUCAGUUUCCUGACUGCAACAUGGAGGCUAAGCAAAUCACUGUACAAGGGCCCCAGGAAAAAAGUAGCAGAGGCAGUAUUACGGCAAAGAAUCACGGCUUUUCCUUCGAUCAUGUCUUUGGGCCUCGAUCACAAAACUCCGAUGUUUUCGAGGAGCUUAGUCAGGUGGUUCAAAGCGCAUUAGAUGGCUACAAUGUCUGCAUAUUUUGUUAUGGUCAAACAGGCAGUGGAAAAACACACACGAUGUCCUCAGAGGAUGGAAUGAUUCCCAAGGCUGUUGCUCAGAUAUAUGAAACCGCGGCUGACCUGGAAGAACGGGGGUGGAAAUACACAAUGGAAGGCAGUUUCGUUGAAGUCUAUAACGAAAGCCUCAACGACUUGCUUGGGAACGCCGAAGACUUUGAUAAAAAGCGACACGAGAUUCGACAUGAUAUCCAAAAAUCUCAAACUACCAUCACGAACACCACUAUUGUGACUCUGGAUUCCCCCGCCACCGUCGAAUUAAUACUUCGUCAAGCUGCUGCCAACAGAUCUGUGGCCUCCACAAAAGCAAACUGGCGAUCGUCUAGGUCACACUCUGUUUUCAUACUGAAGUUAAUCGGUGAGAAUGCCAUUACCGAAGAGCGUAGUGAAAGCACCCUCAAUCUUGUGGAUCUCGCCGGAAGCGAGCGCCUGACCCAUAGUGGAGCAACUGGCGAUAGACUGAAAGAGACGCAAAACAUCAAUCGCAGCUUGAGUUGUCUUGGCGACGUUAUUGGGGCGCUUGGCCAAGGCAAGGAGGGGGGCCAUAUUCCAUAUCGCAACAGCAAACUCACAUACCUUUUACAAUUCUCCCUUGGCGGAAAUUCAAAAACCCUGAUGCUAGUAAUGAUCAGUCCACGGCAAGAACAUUUAAGUGAAACUUUGACGAGUCUUCGGUUUGCGACCAAAGUCCAAAAUACUCAUAUUGGGACUGCGAAGAAACAGACCCGGGUGAUUCGAGAUUCAUGA